AUGGCAGUCACUGGCAAGCGCGGCGUUGGCAUCCCGACCAUUCUGCUGCACGACGGCGAAGGCACGAUCGUGUCCAUCGAGAUGAAGACUGGGGAGACGUACCGUGGGUUGCUGGACGAGACUGAAGACAAUAUGAACUGCGUCAUGAAGGACGCCGUACGCACGGAUAUCAAUGGCAAUACGACUCAAGUGGAGCAAAUUUAUCUGCGGGGCAGCCAAAUCCUCUUCAUCGUCACGUUAAAGCACGCGCCGAUGUUCAAGCGAGUCAAGAUGUGGAAGACACACAAAGGGUCGAUACCUACUCUAGGACAAGGAGGAGUUGGAGGUGGCGCCCCGAGAGGCCAAGCUGCAGCGAUUAUCCGAAAGGCCCAAGAACGGAGAGGUGGAUUCUAA